AUGGCCAUUGACAUACGUACACUGUGCUGCUCCAAGCCACGCGAUAUGACCCAUCCAUGGCACCACCCUCCGCUCUUCGACGAAACCGCACGAUCGGAUCUCGGGCUUUGUCGGAUUGUCUGCACUGCACCGCCGCAGCCCCCAACAUCGCCCGCCUCCGCCUGUUCACGCGAGGCCGCGGCAUUGCGCGGAGGGGAAGCCGCCAAUGGUACUCCCACUAGUGGAUACGCAGGUCGCUCCGCACGCGCGGUACCAUUCAAGAAGCGCGACGCCGCAUUCUUCCAAGCGCUGUCUGUGCGCGAGGAAAUGGCGGCGCAACGGGAACGUCGCACGCGCAUUCGCGAACUUGUUGCGAGCGACCCAGAAGCGCUCUCUCCGCUCACUGACCCCGUCCCCGCGGGAUGCCCAGUGGCGCGCGGGUUUUUUCCGCAAACGGCGGUUUUGGCGGGGUGCGCGCGGGACGACGUGCUGGAGGUCGAAGUGCGCACCAACGUUCCGCUUGAAGCGAUCGAUAUCGGGCUCGAGUCGCACAAUCGGCGAAUAGGCGACGUGUACGACGUGGUGCCGUUAUUCGCGAUCCCGAUGGGCGGCGCAACAAACGGUCCAAGUUCGAAUCUUGAAAACGACGAAACUUUAGCGGCGCCGUUGGGGAUUACGCGGAAAGCGUGGGCAGACGACGACGAGGAAGACGAGGCGGAAUACGGCGCGCUCAGCACGCGGUCGCUGCCGAGCGGUGGCGGGGGGAAGUGGGGAGGGCGGAAGCAGAAUGGCGGAGCGGAGACCGGAGCCGAUGGCGGAGUUGCGGUUGCGGAUUCGCGCCCGCAGGCGCAGCAAUGGCGGGUGGCGGUGGUGGCGGCGGAUGAUGACAUGGCGGCGGACCCCGCGCUGCUGUGCGAUUGGUUCAACGUCAGCGGUAACACGAGGGCGCUCUCUGCGUAUCUGCAAAAGGGCGAUGCGAUUUCCGCGUAUCUGCAGAUUGAGUUAGCACCGGCAGAUCUCGCCAUUGCGUUUUCGACUAUCCGCAGUAUGGCGGCCCGGCAGGGGGAAUGA